AUGGGUACUUUUGCCCAAGCCUUUGCUAAACAUGAAGAACAUUUCAAGGACUACAUAGAGAAGGUGCAAGAAUGGAGAAUUGCUUUGAGAGAAGUAGCUAAUCUCAAAGGAUGGCAUGUACAAGAUAGGCCUGAGUCACAAAUUAUCCAGAACAAUGUGGGGGAAUUAUGGCAUAAAUUAAGCUAUGAAUUCUCUGAUAAUAUUGAAAAGCUAGUAGGAAUAAUUUCUCUAGGGGAGAAAUUGGAGUCAUGUUUGGAUUUAGGGUCAAAUGAUGUUCACAUGGUAGGGAUUUGGGGGAUGGGAGGAAUAGGUAAAACAACUCUUGCUAGAGUUGUUUUUCGUAUGGUUUCAAAUAAGUUUGAAGGUUGUUGUUUUCUUGCUAAUGUUAGGGGAGUUUGUGAGAAAGAUGAAUUAGUUCGAUUACAACAACAACUCAUUCUUCAAAUUUUGAAUGAAAAUAUGAGUGUACAAGAUGUUAAUGAUGGAGUUUUUGUGAUCAAGAAUAGGUUAUGUCAUAAAAGAAUUCUUCUCGUUCUUGAUGAUGUAGAUCAAUUAGAUCAAUUAAACAAGUUAGCAGGGAGUCAUUUUUGGUUUGGUUUAGGUCGUAGAGUUAUCAUAACAACAAGAGAUAAGCAUUUGCUAGAGGCCCUAGGAGUAGAUGAAAUAUAUGAGUCUAAUGGAUUGACUAAUGAUGAAUCUCUUCAUCUUCUGAGUUUGAAAGCUUUUAAAAAAGAUCAUCCUCCCAAAGAUUAUCUAAAGUUGUCUAAAUAUUUUGUAUAUUAUGCGAAUGGGCUUCCUUUAGCUAUUGAGAUUUUGGGUUCGUUUUUGUUUGGUAGAAAUAUUGAUCAAUGGAAAAGUACAUUAAAUAGGCUAAAACAGUUUCCUCAAAAUGAUAUUCUCCAAGUACUUAGAAUAAGUUUUGAAGGACUACAUGAAAUAAAGAAGGAAAUAUUCCUAAAUAUUGCUUGUUUCUUUAAUCAUAAGGAGAAAAAUGAUGUAGUAGAAAUACUAGAUUAUCUUGAUCUUUUUCCAGAUGUUGGACUGGGGGUUCUUUUUGAUAAUUCUCUUGUUAAAUUCGAUGGUCAUACCUUGCGGAUGCAUGAUUUGCUUCAAGAAAUGGGCAAGAACAUAUUUUAUAAGGAGUGUCCUAAAGAGCCGGGAAAGCGUGGAAAGCUAUGGUUGUUUAAGGACAUUAACAAUGUACUAACAAAAAAUACGGGAACAAAGGCAAUUCAAGGCAUAGUCUUAAAGUUGCAUAAACAAAGAGAGGCAUAUUGGAAUCCUGAAUGCUUUUCAAAAGCUCAUGAUCUCAAAUUGCUCAUUCUUGAUAGCGUUCACCUUUUGCAUGAGCCCAAAUAUCUUCCUAAUGACUUGAGAUUUCUUGAUUGGAGUGGAUACCCUGCAAAAUAUUUUCCAUCAAGUUUCCAACAAAAGUCUUUUGAUAGUUUGAAAUUCAUUCAAUUGAAGAAAUCACUGAAAUUGAUUGAAACCCUUGACUUCAACAAAAUCCCAAAUCUUGAGAAAUUGGUUCUUGAGGAUUGUAUAAAUUUACGUUCUUUGCACCCAUCAAUUGGAGUUUGUAAAAAACUCUCUUUUCUUAGUUUGAAAGGUUGCAAAAACAUCAAAAGUCUUCCAAGCAAGUUUGAAAUGGAGUCUCUUGAGAUCCUUAUUCAUUUUGGUUGCUCAAAUUUAAAAAGAAUUCCUGAGUUUGGUGAAAAUAUGGAAAGUGUAUGA